CAUGUGCCAAAGCAGAACUGAAUUUACGUUUUUAUUCCUAGCUCUCCUUUUGUUUCUCGAGAGUUUAUUAUUGUUUGAAGGUAAGACUAGCUAGCAAUGGAAGGAAAACAAAAAUUCCUCCAUGGAACACUAGAAGCUACCAUCUUUGAUGCAACACCUUAUACACCACCAUUUCCCUUCAAUUGUAUAUUUAUGAAUGGAAGCCCCACUUACGUGACUAUCAAGAUAGGCAACAAGAAGGUAGCAAAGACGAGCCACGAAUGUGAUCGAGUUUGGAAUCAAACUUUUCAUAUUCUCUGUGCUCAUUCUCUGGAUUCAACCAUCACCAUCACCAUGAAAACAAAGUGCUCCAUCUUGGGAAAAUUCCACAUCCAAGCGCAUAAGAUUGUCACCGAGGCAAGCCUAAUUAAUGGCUUCUUUCCACUGGUCAUGGAAAACGGAAAGCCGAAUCCUCAACUCAAACUCAGGUUCAUGUUGUGGUUUAAACCAGCAGAACUUGAGACGACUUGGGCAAAAAUACUCAACAACGGUGAAUUCCAGGGACUAAGAAACGCUACAUUUCCUCAAAGAUCCAACUGUCAUGUUACACUCUAUCAAGAUGCUCACCAUUGCUCGAGUUUUAAGCCUCCAUUUGAUCUUUGUGGAUCUCCUAGAAAAUUAUGGGAGGAUGUUUACAAAGCCGUUGAAGGAGCAAAGCAUUUGAUAUAUAUUGCUGGCUGGUCUUUCAAUCCUAAGAUGGUGUUAGUUAGGGAUCCUGAAACUGACAUGCCUCAUGCUAGAGGAGUAAUGCUUGGUGAGUUGUUGAAGCGAAAAGGAGAGGAAGGUGUGGCAGUGAGAGUUAUGCUUUGGGACGAUGAAACAUCCUUGCCAUUCAUUAAGAACAAAGGUGUAAUGGGAGUUCACGAUGAGGAUGCCUUUGCUUACUUCAAACAUACUAAAGUAAUAUGCAAAUUAUGCCCAAGAUUGCACCAUAAGUUCCCUACUCUCUUUGCUCACCAUCAGAAGACUAUAACUGUGGAUGCCAGAGCACGUGAUUCGAUAAGUGAGAGAGAAAUAAUGAGUUUUGUAGGUGGAUUAGACCUUUGUGAUGGCCGCUAUGACACAGAGAGACAUUCCUUGUUUCACACACUCAACACAGAAUCACAUUGUUUUGAUUUCUACCAGACAAAUAUUGCUGGUGCUAGUCUUCGCAAAGGAGGGCCUAGAGAGCCAUGGCAUGAUGCUCAUGCUUGUAUUGUAGGUCAGGCUGCUUUGGAUGUACUAACCAACUUUGAGCAAAGGUGGAAUAAGCAAUGUGACGGUUCUGUAUUAGUCCCUAUCAGCUCCAUACCAAAUCUUAUGCACCAGCCUUUUCCUUCAAGCGUUUCCAAUGACAGAAAUUGGAAAGUGCAAGUUUUUCGGUCAAUCGACCAUGUUUCGGCAAUCCAUUUGGCUAGAAACUUGAGGGUGGAGCGAAGUAUACAUGAAGCUUAUGUAGAGGCGAUUAGGCGUGCAGAGAGGUUUAUAUACAUUGAAAACCAAUAUUUCAUAGGAGGGUGUCAAUUGUGGGAUGAGGAUAGGCACUGUGGAUGCACAAAUCUAAUACCUAUUGAGAUUGCACUCAAGGUAGUGAACAAGAUCAGAGCAAAAGAGAGAUUUGCAGUGUAUAUAUUGAUGCCAAUGUGGCCUGAAGGGGUGCCUGACAGUGAACCAGUUCAGGACAUAUUGCAUUGGACUAGACAAACAAUGGCAAUGAUGUACAAGCUAGUAGGAGAAGCAUUACAAGAAAGUGGUGAGCCAGGACACCCAAGAGAUUACCUGAACUUCUUUUGCCUUGCAAAUAGGGAAGAGGAGAACAAGGGAGAGCUUGUUCCUCCAUAUUCACCGCAUCCCUCAACACAAUAUUGGAAUGCACAAAAGCAUAGGAGGUUCAUGGUAUAUGUCCAUUCCAAGCUCAUGAUAGUGGACGACGCUUACAUGUUGAUAGGAUCUGCAAAUGUGAAUCAAAGAUCAAUGGACGGCAGACGUGACACUGAAAUUGCAAUAGGAUGCUACCAACCCAAAAAUGGUGAAAACACGAGUAAUCCUCGUGACAUCCUAGCAUACCGUAUGUCGCUGUGGUAUGAACACACAGGACUUGAUGAAGAAAUUUUCCUAGAGCCUGAAAGCUUGGCAUGUGCACAAAGGAUGCGUCUAGUAGGGGAGCAAAUGUGGAACGUUUACGCUGGUGAAGAAGUUGUGGACAUGGAAGGUGUGCACCUGGUAAACUAUCCUUUGAUAGUAACUAAGGAUGGUGCUGUUGAAGAUCUUGUUGAUGGAGGUGGUAACUUUCCUGAUACUAAAAGUCCUGUCAAGGGGAGAAGAUCAAACAUGCUACCUCCUAUUUUCACUACUUGACGAAUCCUUAAGAGAUCAUAGUUUGGAAAACAUAUAUACUAUUGUGCAAGAAAUAUUUGAUGUAAAUAUAUGUUGAAUAAUUUGUAGCUUUUACAUUCAAUAAUUAGAAAUGAAAAAACACAGAAAAGGAAAUUUGAAUACAA